GUCCUGCCGACGUCAACAUUCAGCAGACUUCCGAUUAUGGCAGCGGAGGACACUUCAUGGGUAUUCGACUCUCUGGUGGGUUUCCUCCAAGGACCCAUCUGGAACGCUCCCGUGCUGACGUUCAUCGAGCAGAAAUGCGCAAUUUUCGACACAGGAGACACAGAGCACGAAGAAGAAUAUCGAAAGGUUCACGAUGAAUACAAAGACUUGGUAGAUGUUAUGCUCCAAAGUCACAUGGAAGAUAUUGGUAUUACUCCAGAGCAAUUUGAAGAAGCUUGCGGUCAGAGGAAUAUCGGAAAAGUGAACUUCCACGAGAGCCUUUUUGAACAAGUGUGGGCUGCCAACGAUUACGAAAUCUUCAAACGAAUGAUGAUACAGAAGAAUUUGGAGUUACAAUUACAAGCAUUGGAGAUGAUUCAGCAAAAAUAUGGUAUCACUCCACAAUCGUAUUUGCCCGAUGACGAAACAAAAUUGCCUGCAGAAGAAGCACAAAUCAUGGAAGAGGUUUUGAAGAAGACGGUGGAGGAGUACAAGACGGCCAGCGCCAUUGCCGACGAGGGGACGCGCGAGCUGGAGCAGAGCCUCAUAUCGGAGGAGCGGCAGCGCCUGGAAGCGGAGUGCCGCCGCGAGAAGAGCCUGCUGCAGUCGGCCAUCCUGCAGACCGCGGAAGCUGACGCCGAGCUACCAGAGGCGGACCGGGCACCUGCUGCCGAAACGAUCAGCAAUACUGCGGUAGUGGAGCCCUCGCCGCAGCCGUCUGCACCGGCGCUGGACGAAGUGGACGCGGAGGAGGUGGCGCGCCGCCAGCAGUACCUGCGCGCGCAGCGGGACAAGCUGCUGCUGCUCAAGAAGCAGGAGCGCGAGAAGAAGCUGCGCGCCGCCGCGGCCGGCAGCGCCGAGCGACCGCGGUCCGCGCGGGCCGCCAGGGCGGCGCUGUCGUCCGGUGGCGCCAGCGCCGGUGGCGCCAGCGGCGCGCCUGACACCGACAAGGCCGGCGGCGCAGACAGCGCCAACUUGCAGGUGCGCCGCGCGCUGGCGCGCCGGCUCAAGUCCGAGGUGGUGGGCGCGCCGUAG